AUGUCAUUAAGACAUAAAAAGUCGACAGCGUCAUUGACUCGGCAAAAUACGAGUUCAACAGCAGAUGUUUUAUCAUUGAGCAGAUCUGAUACCCACACAGAUAAACAUUCACUGGAUGCCAGAAUCGACAAAAAGAUUAUGAAACUAUCCCACUUUUUCCACCGUGCUAAAACAGAUGAUUCAAUGGGUCUAGAAAAUAUGAAGCAUAGUUUAGGAGAUUCUGGAUCUGAGUCCGAAUAUUCAGAGGACAUUCCUCCACCCAUGCAGCUUAGAUCUAAUUCAUUAUAUUCACUUAAAAAUGACUCAAGUGGGACAUUAACCAAUAGGAAUCUAAGUAACGAUAGCUAUCUGGGGGCUAAUAAUGUUGAGUUUAAUAAUGUCAGGAAUAAUUCCUUUACUGGGUCUUCAGGUUCUGGUAUGGUUUCUAGUAAUGCAAGCAUAUAUGAGAAAACAAAAGACUCGAAAUUGGGACGUUUUUUGCAUAAGACAGGGCAUAAGGUCAAGAAGUUGUCAGAUAUAAAUAAUGAAACUUUGAACGGGCUGGGCUUGAGUUUGCAUACAGAAGGACACCAACACCACCAUGCCGCUAAAGAGCUGAAAUCGCCAAUUGGAAGAAAUUUUGGAGGAAAAAUGAAUAGUGAACAAAAAACUUCCUUUGGUGAUAAGCUCAAGCUAUUGAACUCUACAAAGUAUAAAAACUAUCAUUAUCACAACAUUCUACGAAAGCAGAAAGACUCAAUAAAAAAUGGUAUGAAAAUAGGCACCAAGACAAACGAUAUAAUUAUCAACGGAAAGAACUACACGAAUAACAUAUCUGGAUCCUCUUAUGCGUUGAGUGAUAUAAACGUUGGGGAAGUUGAAAUGAUGAUAACCAGUCAGGUUCUGAAUUUUGAACAAUGUGAACAAUAUUCUUUGUUUUUGUUUGGAAGAAUCCAACAUUUGCUAUUGCCACUGUUCAAGGGUGAAAACUUAAAAUGUCCCAUUGAAGAUGUGACCAAAUUAGUAAGCUUAUAUGUAAGAAUAAGGAAAUUACAGGAAGAAACUAUCAAAGCCAGUGAUGGCCGUAGUAGUUUUAGUAAAACUAUCAAAACUGUUCCUAGCCUUACUCAAAUUUCGACAUCAGCUUACAAAUUUGAAGACGCAUCUGACAAUGGUACCAUAACAGAUGACGAUGAUAAUGGUCAGUACAAAACACCCUUUAUGAAACCAACUGCCUCAUUUAUAGGAUCUCCUAUGACAAAUGAAUCAAGACUAUCAUCAGGUCUGUACUCACCAAUAAUUCAAACAGGGCCUAAAUUUGAUGCCAUGAGUAAAGUCCUUGACGAAAUCCGGAAUAUGUUAAGAAGCAAUAUGAACGUCAUGAUCAAUCAACUAUUUUACGAUGAGCCAAAGGAUUCUAUCAAGUUCAUUCGGGGCACGAAUGAUUCCCUAAGAAAAAGGGUAAACACCAUAAAUUCGUUAGCCUCAAGAAAUGGUACACGAAGACAUAGCAGCUCAGUUGAAAAUGAAGAUUUUGGUGACAGUUUCAUGGACAAUUCAUUUUUUGUGGACCAGACAUAUAGUAAUAGUGUAAUGGAUUUGCCAAUUGUUGCACCGUCCCAAAGCUCCAUCUUCACUGAUACCAAUGAUAGUGUUGGGGAGACAAGAAAGACCAGCGCUUCAUUUAUGGAUAACACAAGAACGAGUAUCUAUACCAACCAUUCUGUGCCAACUAACGAUAUAUUGGCGGCAAGUGAGAGUGAUGAUGCAGGAACCACUAGCAGGCUAUUGGGGCUUGGGAUGUUGCCUCCGGGUAGGUUUGAGAAAUGCACAAGCAUUCUAUGGGAUAUAUUUCAAAGAGAUAUCUUGUUUGAACUGUCAAGUAUCUUAUUACCGAUUGAGCUGGAGUUUGCCAAUGGACAUCGUGAAAAGAGUAACAUUCAUCGUCAGGCAGACUCUAUUCUUUACAACGGAGGAGAGAAAAUACAUACUUUUACAAACACCCUUAUUCAUCCCGAGAUUAGCGGAAGUGCUCCUAAACUACCGAGAAAGGACACAAUGGGGAGCUUGGGUGAAUGGAGCGACUUGAACAUUCAUGACACACUAUUGCUUGUAUUUCGGGACCACGUUAUAAUUCCGCUCUAUGAAAUGAAUCGAAAAUUUGAAGAGAGAGAUGACCCUGAUGUGAGUUUCCAAAGGAGCGUCCGGGGCCGUGCGGGAAAGAACGGCACCAAGUAUGGUUCCCUUGUUGAUAUGGAAGAAUACCGGGAUGCUGCCUCUCUUGUGCAGUGCUUUCAGCGUGUAUGCGGUGUUGCUACCAAUGAUACAAAUCAAAAACUUGUGGAGAACCUUCUCCAACAGCUCAAGAUGUUGGUCUCUGAUCUUGAGCAUCGUAUUCAUGCUGGCACGUGA